ACUAUAACCUUCACUUCGCUGUCCGCUCACAAGUCUCACGCCCAAAAAUGACUUCCUCCAUCGCCUUCAAGACCUUCACCGGACUCCGCCAUUCCUCCGCUGAACCUUCCACACUCCAAAACAAAGUACCAAGCGUUUCCUCCCCCAACCACUGCCGUCGCCGCCUUCAAAUAACCGCUGGCAAAUUUAGCCCCAAGGUCCAAAACCGCAACCUACGAGUAGCAGUCAUCGGCGGAGGCCCUGCUGGCGGAGCAGCAGCCGAGACCCUCGCUAAAGGCGGCAUCGAGACGUACCUCAUCGAACGCAAGCUCGACAACUGCAAACCAUGUGGUGGAGCUAUUCCUCUUUGCAUGGUGGGCGAGUUCGACCUGCCAUUGGACAUCAUAGAUCGCAAGGUGACCAAGAUGAAGAUGAUUUCCCCUUCCAACAUCGCUGUGGACAUUGGGCGAACGCUGAAGCCUCACGAGUACAUUGGGAUGGUGAGACGCGAGGUGCUCGAUUCAUACCUGCGAGAGAGAGCGGCGACUAAUGGGGCCAAUGUCAUCAAUGGAUUGUUCUUGAAAAUGGACAUUCCAAAGGGCGGUAGAGGGAGCGAGACUGCACCUUAUGUCUUGCAUUACACGGAGUACAAUGGGAAGGUUGGCGGGGCAGGACAGAAGAAGACUCUGGAGGUUGAUGCUGUGAUUGGCGCUGAUGGAGCCAAUUCCCGUGUUGCCAAGUCCAUCGGCGCUGGUGAUUAUGACUACGCCAUUGCUUUUCAGGAGAGAAUCAAAAUCCCCGAUGAUAAAAUGGUAUACUACGAGAACCUAGCUGAAAUGUAUGUCGGUGAUGAUGUAUCCCCAGACUUCUAUGGAUGGGUAUUCCCAAAAUGUGACCAUGUUGCUGUUGGAACUGGCACAGUGACUCACAAAGGUGACAUCAAGAAAUUCCAGUUAGCUACAAGAAACAGAGCCAAGGACAAGAUCCUUGGGGGCAAAAUUAUACGAGUGGAAGCACACCCAAUACCAGAACACCCGAGGCCUCGCAGGUUACUGGACAGAGUAGCUCUAGUAGGGGAUGCAGCAGGGUAUGUGACGAAAUGCUCAGGCGAAGGCAUCUAUUUUGCAGCAAAGAGUGGAAGAAUGUGCGCAGAGGCAAUCGUCGAGGGGUCAGAGAAUGGGAAGAGGAUGGUGGAUGAAAGUGACCUGAGGAAGUACUUGGAGAAAUGGGACAAGACAUAUUGGCCAACUUACAAGGUGCUGGAUGUGUUGCAGAAAGUGUUCUACCGAUCAAACCCAGCAAGAGAAGCGUUCGUGGAGAUGUGCGCAGAUGAGUAUGUGCAGAAGAUGACAUUCGAUAGCUAUUUGUACAAGAGGGUGGUACCUGGAAAUCCUUUGGAUGAUUUGAAGCUGGCUUUCAAUACCAUUGGAAGCUUGGUGAGGGCUAAUGCACUUCGAAAGGAGAUGAACAAGCUCAGCGUAUGAGCUAACCAUUACAAAACUUACGUAUAACUAUUACUUUUUUUUUUUUUGGGUUAUAAUUGUUCUGCAUUUACUUAUUUUAGUAGAAAGACGCUUCAAUCUUAUAAUCCAAAUGGUCGGUACUCUUUUUAA